AUGGCUAAGGACAAAGCUCCUGGAGUUGAUGGUAAAAUGAAGCCAGCAUGGAACUGCACAGCCAUUACCUUGAUACCUAAAGUCCCAACACCUACAAAAGAAACCUUUGAUAGGUUCUCUGCUGCAUCUGGACUUCAGGAAAAUGCAGAGAAGAGCUCAAUGUAUAUUGCUAGUGUUCAACAACAUAUCAAAGAGCUAUUACUUGAACUCACAGGAUAUACAAAGGGGUCUAUCCCGUUUAAGUAUCUGGGAGUUCCACUUUCUACUAAGAAACUGAACAUACAUCAAUGCCUACCUCUGGUGGAAAGGAUCACUGAAAGGGUGAACUGCUGGUCAGCUAGGAUGUUAUCCUAUUCUGGAAGGGUACAACUCAUAAAAUCUGUGUUAUUUGGCAUACAGACAUACUGGGCUCAAAUUUUCCUAUUGCCUAAGAAGAUUAUGAAGAUGAUAGAGACCAUAUGCAGGACUUUUCUUUGGACUGGAUCAAAUUCCAUUUCAGGGAAUGCAUUGAUAGCAUGGAAUAAGAUUUGUCAACCAAAAGUAGCAGGGGGAUUGAACAUCAUCAAUAUGAGGAUAUGGAAUAAAGCAGCAAUUCUGAAACACUUAUGGGCACUGGCAAUGAAGAAAGAUGCUUUAUGGAUCAAAUGGACUCACAAUUAUUACAUAAAAAACAAGGAUAUUGCAGCAACGGACACAACUAAGACAUCAGCUUGGGUGGUCAGAAAGAUCAUAGAGACAAAGAGAGACUUGGUGCAGGUGAACCCUUUGCAAGUCAGUCUCAAUUCAUCUUUGGCAGACAUGGUGAAACAACACAGAUUUCAAAUCCAAUGA